ACAUGACUAGGCGGGGCUGCUCCUCCUGUCGACCUGUCACAGUGAAGCACAAGUGUCACCGAAACACGUACUUUGGGAGACAUUUCAAUGGAGCUAAUAUGGAAUGAGUUGCGCAACCUAUGGCAUGUGGACUGAAGCACGGUCCUCCCACAUUGUAUCUCUUCAUCCACCUCACAGCCUGUUGCCAUCAUGGCCUCCAGCUAUCCACCCUCUUUUGAAGGAGCAAGUGAAGUCAAGGAGGGAUUUCUUUGUCCUCUGUGCCUGAAGGACCUGCAGUCAUUCUACCAGCUCCAAGACCACUAUGAAGAGGAGCAUUCUGGGGAUGACAGUCAUGUUAGGGGACAGCUCAAAAAUUUGGUUCAGAAGGCAAAAAAAGCCAAAGAUAAGCUCUUGGGGAAGGAUGGAGAUGAUAGACCGGAUGCUGGAAACUAUGAAUCCUUUUACUAUGGUGGAGUGGAUCCAUACAUGUGGGAACCUCAGGAGCUGGGGGCAACCAAAAGUCACCUGGACUUCUUUAAAAAACACAGAGCAGCCAGGAUAGAUCACUAUGUCAUUGAGGUCAAUAAGCUCAUCAUCAGACUGGAAAAGUUGACAUCUUUUGACAGAAUCAGUGCAGAUACGGCUAAAAUCAGAGCUGUUGAGAAGUCUGUUGUGUCCUGGGUGAAUGACUCAGACGUCCCUUUUUGUCCUGACUGCGGAAACAAGUUCAACAUUCGGAAUAGACGGCAUCACUGCCGUCUCUGUGGAUCCAUCAUGUGCAGAAAGUGCAUGGAAUUUAUCCCUUUACCUUUGGCUCAAAAGCUGAUUAAUGGAAUACGAGAGGCCCUCUGUGCACCCGGGAGCCCGGGUCAUUCACAUUCUCCCCCACCAGGAGGUGGCAGCACAGGAAUGGGCUCCCGCAGAGGCAGCAUCAGCAGCCUGAGCAGCGUGACAUCACUGCUGGAGGAAAAGGACGAUGAGAAAAUUCGCUGUUGUCACCACUGUAUGGACAAACUGCUGAAGAGGCAGCAGAAGCUGGAAGAAAAAGACCACGUGCCUGAUAUAGUGAAGCUUUAUGAGAGGCUGAGGAUGUGCAUCAAGAAGGUGGAUGAAAAGGCUCCAGAAUAUACCCGGAUGGCUGAGUCUCUCAAUGCUGGAGAGACCACAUACAAUCUGGACACUGCUGGUGGACUGAGACUGGAAGUAAUGAAAUACUACGAACUCAUUGAUGCCCUAAGUAAGAAGAUUUUGACACUAGGAAUGAAAGAUGAUCCUCCACCACAUCCUAAGACCCUCCAGCUCCAGAAGAUGAUCCGUUAUUCAGCCACACUCUUUGUACAGGAGAAGCUUUUAGGUCUGAUGUCUUUACCCACAAAUGAGAAAUAUGAAGAGUUGAAAGAAAAGCGGAAACAGGAACAAGAGAAGAGACUUCAACAGGAGAGACUGGUAACUCAGGAGGCUCUGAAGAGGAGACAGGAAUUGGAGAGAAACCGUCCAGCUGCCAGAGCCAACGGAGAGCUUCCACAGGCCCCUAGAGCUCCACGCAUGACCAAAGCUGGCAGCUGGUUACCUUCAUCAGGCUCAGUCAACAGGCGCGGUGAGCUGGAUGACCCCUUGCUGCAGCAGAUUGAAAACAUUCAGUCAUUCCUUCAUCAGGCACGGGAGGCCCAGCGGACAGAUGAAGUAGCAAUGCUAGAGGAAAACCUGCGGCAGCUACAGGAUGAGUACGACCAGCAGCAGACCAGCUUGGCCAUGGCACUGUCUCGGAAGCUCGCUGAGGAAGAGAGCUUGCAACAGGAGGAGCUCAGUCGCCUGGAGGCCUGGGAAAGGGAGGAGAAAGAGCACAGGGGCCCCAAAUUUGCCUCCAUACAGCCUUCUGUCACUUGGGAGAUGUCUCUCAAUAUCAGCACAGCAGGGGAUUUUCAGAAGGAUGAGGACCAAGCAGCAGAUGACCUCACUCCAACAGCUGACAGCAGCCCAACACUUUUGAGGGCUUUCUCCACUCUUCCCAACCAGGAGGAGUCGCCUCCUAGAUUGAGGAGUUUAGGGGGGCAUGUCACCCCACCUGGUGAAGAAGGGCAGAACAACACAUCACUUAACCCGUUUGAUGAUGAGGACUCUACUCCAGUUGAGGAGGAUCCAUCCAAUCCCUUUUUUGAGGACAUUCAGAGGGAGCAAAAAGAAGUGAUGCACAGAAAGAAAGAAUACAACCCCUUCGAAGAUGAUGGAGAUGGUGAAGAGGAUGAACAAGCUGGGACUGUACUUGUCAACCCAUUUGAGGAGGAGGAUGGCAAUGCAACCAACCCUUUCGUGGAAUCUUCUGUAAAUUCUGCUGGAGUCUCAACCAACCCGUUUGACGGGGAUGACGAUGAUGGUCUGCCCGAUGUGGACGUAAUAGAGGAGGAACUCUUGCUACAGCAGAUAGACAACAUUAGAGCCUACAUCUUUGAUGCCAAGCACAGCGGCCGUCUGGAUGAGGUGGAGCUACUGACGGAGAACCUAAGAGAGCUGCAACACACCUUACGUGAACAGAAGAAAAAGAAACACUAACAACUUCCCCUCAUACACCCUUUUGAUCACCUGAAACACACUUUUGAGUCAUAAACCAAUGGUUGUGGUUUGGGUAAAAUAUUACCAAAUACGUAUUUGAUCUCAGUACUCAAGAGGGGCUUCCUUUGCGUACCAAGCAGUAUGGAUCCAGCCAUCAUUUCCUAAACUACUUAACCUGUUCAUGGUAGUCAGGGUCCCAGCAUGUAUUGGGUGAGAGGCUGGUUACACAUUUUAUGGCAACAGUUACUGUAUCAGUAAAUAUAUGUUUUUAUUUUCUUUUGUUUAAUGGGACAGUCGGAUCGUUUGAGGAAACGGGGACACACUAUUUCUCUGCUUGCAGCUGAUCUAAACAAAAUUUAAUCAUGUCUGAUCCUGGAAAGGGGAGACAUGAGUCAAUCGAUGCACUUUUCAAAAUCAAUGGUCACAGGAAAACCUUAGAACUAUAUCUGGACAAACAGAAUUAUACUUUUGCCAUUAUGGGUUGUUAAAUUAAUUUUUUAAAUACUAAUCGAUGUUAUCUGUCGAGUGCCUCUUUGAUCUGAUGGAUGAGUAAGAGCAGCAGAUUUAAUACGCAUAAUCCACACACACGGAGAGUUGUGGUAGUGAUGAGCUGCCGUCCUGAUACAAAUGAAGGCUUUUAACCUAAUGCCACUACUUCCCACAGGUAUGUGUAAAACACUAUAACCAUGAUUAAUCACAUAGAGCUGGGCUGCAAAUACUUAUUUUGCAUUGUUUAACCUGUUGAUUACUAUUAUUUGUGAAGAUCUGUCAAAUAUUUUUAAAAAAUGUUGACUACAUUUGUGGGAACUCAGAAUUACCUUAUCCAGUCAAAACCAGCCUGUCUCAACAUUUACAGUUGUAAACUGUGUGGUAUUUGUUUGAAACCCCUCUUAAAACACUUUAUCUCUGUCCAUAUGUGGUGUUAGGGUCGGCGCAAGUGCCGUGACAUCCACCAUGUAGCAGAAGUGCUGUGGUCUGCUGGCAGUCCAAAGAGAUCAAUGGUCCAUCCAUUUAUCCUGAAAGUAGUCACAUGUUAUGUGCGCAGUCCCUCUGCCUUGUCUGGUCAGCAUUGAGGCACCUGCAUGUGGGAUCUCUGUGGGAAAAUGUGCCACAUGGCUGCAGUGUUGCAGCUCUGUUACAGGAGAGGUUUGCCAUUUUUCAACCUAGACUGUGUUCAUACAUUUUAUUUUUUUAGGGGCGUCUUUUCACUUGGGGCACAAUUUAAUUGAUGCAUUAUUGCUUUAGAACACAGUGCUGGUGUGUGGUGACAGCAAGCGGUUCACUCUUUCUUUUGGUCAAGUCCAGUAACAUUAAUUAGCCAGCUGUCCCAUGGCAGCGAUUGCGUAAUCUAGUAAUGCACCAAUUAAAUAAAUUUGUAUCCCGAGUCUAAAGAUAACCUACAAAGCAUCUAAAAAUGCAGCCAAGGUUGAAAAAAUGUCUUCUUUAAAAUGCAUGUAAUGCACUUCAUACAGCCAUUCAAGUAACUGCACAUUUAACAGUUACUUGGUUACCUUCAGGUCUCAACCAUAAGGUAAAAUCAAUUUAUUCAGUUUAUAUAGCGCCAAAUCACAACAAAGCUGCCUCAAGGCGCUUCACAGAAGUAAGGCCUAACUUUACCAACUGACAGAACACAAACUUGGAGUAAAAAGCAUAGCAUCAAACCAAACAUAUUCUAAUGAUUUUGCACGCAUGCACUGUUGUGUAAUGAUACACCGACUAACGGGUAACGGUCCAAAUUGCAGCACACAAAUUCACAUAUACAUUCCCAAACCUGUUCACAUCCUCACAUGCUUCAGUUUUUCUAAACAUCGACAAAAUCCAUCAGUCAUAGUAUUUUCACCACGUGACCUCAAACCAGCUAAGAAGGUCACACAUUAUUUUGUAACUGAAGACGUUUUUUUUAAAAUGUUUACUGUUAGUCAGUAGUACAGUGACUGGUAAAGGUAAAAUCAGAAUCACCAGGGCUCAGAAGCCUUGGACCUUCUUCAUCUUACUACAGCCAAAGAUGGCAGCAGUAUGAUACAGCACUGUCCCAUGAGUACAUGACUGCACGCUCUGUCGAGGUUCUUGAACCAUGCAGGCAGAGCUCUUGGAGAAGAGAAUGCAGAGGUUGAAAUGUAGUCCAAUUUGAACUUUAAAAGUUAUUCAGCUCCAUGAACACAAGAAAUCUUUAAGAAAUCUAGAACAAGUCAAAUUUGUGGCAGUUAUAGCUAUUGAAUGGAAAGUUGCAUCUCGAGUACUGACCAUCUGUGAGGCUACACUGUUUAGAUAAAAGCACACACACAAGUGCAGUUCAUUUCAAAUUUGUGCAUCUUUUCUGUCGUAGUUAUAAUUGAGUUGUUUUACAGGACGCAUCAUAUACUCUUAUAUGCCACCAUGAACAUUUUCCAAUUCAUACUGUGCAAUGACCUUACAGGUUGUGAUUGUUUACAGAGGUACUCCUGAUCCAACAGAGCGCGUGGGUUGCAUGUUUCUUUCACGUGUGAUGCUUUUUUUUUUUAGUUUUAAAUGGAGCUUGUGGCCAAAUUUGGUUUUGGUUCAUAAUAAAUAUAUAUAUAUAUAUAUAUAAACAUAACUGUUCUUAACUCAGACUCAAACCUUGAUCUGUGGUGUGAAAGUAAAAUAUGUAAUCAUUGAGAGUUCCAUCUAUUCCAGUUCUUUUACAGAGUAACAUUUGCAAAAGCACAACCUUGCCAACAUAUUUUUUUUGUUUUUUUGUUGUAGGGUCAAAAUAAACUUUUAGCUUUAAGGUUUAGUAAUGAGCUUCCCACUGACAGGAUUUAAUAAAUUAACACUAUGUUCAUGCCAACAAGUAUUAUUGUUCUUGCUGGUACGCCUGUGCUGUUUUUGUGUUUAACCUGUUAGCAAUAUACUUAGCAUUUGCUUUGAUAGCGCUAAUUUAACUGAUCAUGCUAAGGCAUACAUUUAGCUGAAGCUAAAUGUAUGUGAACCCUUAUUACAUGAAUUUUACUUUUUUCAGCUCUAAACCCAUGAAUAAUGGACCUAAAGAACUGAAAUUAUAUGCUGUCAACAUUGAGGUUCCCAAAAAGGUUUAGCAAGAUCAGAUGAUUAGCCCGAUAUACAUAAAUGAACUGAAAUUCAA